CCAAAAUGGGGAGUUCUACAGCGAGCCUGUUCCUUCUACUGGGCUGCUUCAUCCCUGUGUUCUGUAUCACACGGGAAUAUUUUAUCGGGAUUCGGGAAAUUCAGUGGGAUUACGCUCCCGCUGGGAAAAAUAUCAUCCUCAACAAACUGCUGAAGGAAGAUGAACACGCUGCUAUGUUCCUGGAGCGCGGGCCCCAGAGAAUCGGCAGUGUGUACAAGAAAGCAGUUUACCUGCAGUACACGGACGCCACCUACACAAAGGAGAUAACCAAGCCCAAGUGGCUGGGCUUCCUGGGCCCUGUGAUGUCGGCUGAGGAAGGGGACGUGAUCAUGGUCCACCUGAAGAACAUGGCCACUAGGGCCUACUCCAUCCACUCCCAUGGAGUCAUGUACAACAAGACCAGUGAGGGUGCUCUGUACCCGGACGAGACGACGGAUGCAGAGAAACAUGACGACCGGGUGGAUCCUGGGAAGAGCUACACUUACGUGUGGGUCCUGAGCGACAACCACGCCCCCACCAAGGAUGACACCAACUGCCUGGCACGCGCCUAUCACUCCCACCACCACGCACCUCAAGACAUCGCCUCAGGACUUGUAGGACCCCUCAUCAUCUGUAAAAAAGGUACCCUGGAUGACUAUGGUGACAAGGCAGCAGACUACUCCUACGUCCUGAUGUUCACAGUUACGGACGAGAACAUGAGCUGGUACCUGGACGACAACAUCAAGACCUACUGCACUCAGCCAUCAACAGCAGCCAACAGCCCACAACAGCCAUCAACAGCAGACAACAGCCCACAACAGCCAUCAACAGCAGCCAAUAGCCCACACCAGCCAUCAACAGCAGUCAAUAGCACACACCACCCAUCAACAGCAGCCAAUAGCCCACACCAGCCAUCAACUGCAGUCAAUAGCCCACACCACCCAUCAACAGCAGUCAAUAGCACACACCAGCCAUCAACAGCAGUCAAUAGCCCACACCACCCAUCAACAGCAGUCAAUAGCCCACACCACCCAUCAACAGCAGCCAAUAGCCCACACCAGCCAUCAACUGCAGUCAAUAGCCCACACCACCCAUCAACAGCAGCCAAUAGCCCACACCAGCCAUCAACUGCAGUCAAUAGCCCACACAACCCAUCAACAGCAGUCAAUAGCCCACACCACCCAUCAACAGCAGCCAAUAGCCCACAACAACCCACAACUAAAGUAGACAAAGAUGAUGAAGCCUUCCAGGAGAGCAACCUGAUGCACUCGAUCAAUGGCUUUGUGUACGGCAACCUGCCUGACCUGAGCAUGUGUGUCGGAAACAAGAUCCACUGGCACCUGAUCGGCAUGGGCAAUGAGGUGGACAUCCAUUCAGUGUUCUUUCAUGGCCAGAUCCUGACCAACCUUGGUCACCACACUGACGCGGUCAGCUUGUUCCCAGCCACAUUCACCAAUGUGGAGAUGACUGCUGACAACCCUGGUCACUGGCUGCUGAGCUGCCAGGUCAACCACCACCUAAUGGCGGGCAUGCAGGCCCUCUUCGAGGUCAAGAAGUGUUACCCUGCCGUCCACAAGCCGCGGCCCAAUGGGGAGGUGAGGGAGUACUUCAUCGCUGCCGAGGAGGUGCUGUGGGACUAUGCCCCCUCACAGGUCAACCACGGCACAGGGAAACCUCUGAACACAGACGGUGAUUCAGAGACGUUUUUCCAGAGAGGUAACGAUCGUAUUGGCGGGAAAUAUAAGAAGGUCCAGUACAAGGAGUACACAGACAACACCUUCACCGUGCAAAAGGAGAGAACACCUGAGGAGUUGCACCUAGGGAUUCUGGGUCCUGUAAUCAGGGCUGAGGAGGAAGACACCAUCAAGGUGGUGUUUAAGAACAAGGCCAGCCGUCCUUUCUCCAUGCAGCCACAUGGAGUGCAGUACAGAGUCGAGCAGUCAGGGACUCUCUACUAUAACGAACUGGAAGAAUCCUACACUGCCAAAAAACUCAGAGAAAUCAAGAAGGAGACGAGAACUGUAACCCCUCCCCCGGCAGCGCUGGUCAAACCAGGCACCACCCACACCUAUGAGUGGGUGGUCCCUAAGGGUGGCGGGCCGGUGGCGGACGAUGCAGACUGCAUUACAUACUUCUACUACUCAGCAGUGGACGCUGUGAAAGACACCAGCUCCGGCCUUGUUGGACCCCUCCUGGUCUGCAAAAAAAAGACCCUCAAAAAAGGGAAACAGAAAAACGUCAACAAGGAGUUCCACAUGCUGGCUACAGUGUUUGAUGAGAACCUGAGCUGGUUCCUGGAUGACAACAUUAACCAGUUUACCAAGGCUCCCAAAACUGUCAACAAGGAGGACGAGGACUUCCAGGAAUCUAACAAAAUGCACUCGAUCAAUGGCUACAUGUAUGGGAACCUUCCAGGGCUGACCAUGUGUAAGGGGGACAAGGUGUCUUGGCACCUGUCUGGCCUGGGCUCGGAGGCUGAUAUCCACGGCCUUUACUUUGAAGGGAAUAGGUUCAUCUACAGAGAGACACGCAGAGACGUCAUGAACGUGUUCCCUCACAUCUCCCACACUGUCAUGAUGGAGCCAGACAGCAUGGGUCAGUUUGAGGUGGUGUGCAAGACGACGGACCAUUACCAGGGAGGUAUGAGGGCCAACUACACUGUGCAGAAGUGUAGUGUGUUCAACAGGCAGUCAGAGAUCAUGCUCCACUCGAAGACCUACUACAUUGCUGCCAUGGAGAUAGACUGGGACUACUCCUCCAACCGGACCUGGGAACAGGAGAUGUACCAUGGCCUCACACAGAGUCCAGGAAAUGCUUUCAUUGAUAAACAGGGUAAGUUCAUCGGCUCCAUGUACAAGAAGGUUGUGUACAGGGAGUUCACCAACAAUAAAUUCACCAAACAGAAGGAGAGAUCAGCAGACAUGCAACACCUGGGGAUCCUGGGCCCUAUGAUCCACGCAGACAUUGGUGACAAAGUCAAUAUAGUCUUCAAGAACAUGGCCACAAGAACUUACUCUAUUCACGCACACGGGGUGAAGACAGACGUUCCACAAGUCAAAGAAACUAAGCCAGGUGAGACCCAGACAUACACAUGGUAUGUCCCCAAGACAGCUGGGCCUACAGACAAACAGGAGACAUGCAGUGUGGGAGCUUAUUACUCCACAGUCGACGUCAACAAGGACCUGUACAGCGGUCUAAUUGGUCCCUUAGUGAUAUGUAGGCGGAGCUAUGCGAGAUCACUUGGACUGAAGAAGGAAGUGGAAGAGUUUGCUCUCCUUUUCAUGGUGUUUGAUGAGAACGAGUCCUGGUACCUGGACGACAACAUCAAAAGAAACAUCAAGACCCCCACCAGGAACAUCAAAGAGGACGAGGACUUCAUCGAGAGCAAUAAAAUGCAUGGCAUCAACGGGCAGCUGUAUGGAAACCUGCUGGGACUGAACAUGAAAGUGGGGGACAAGGUGUACUGGUACCUGAUGGGGAUGGGCAACGAGAUAGACAUCCACACUGCCCACUUCCACGGGCACAGCUUUGACUAUAAGCUGAGUGGAGGGUCCCACCGUGCAGAUGUGUUUGACCUGUUCCCAGGCACCUUCCAGACGGUGAAGAUGAGCCCGAAGUACCCUGGCUCCUGGCUGCUGCACUGCCACGUCGCAGACCACAUCAAGGCCGGCAUGGUAACAGUCUACAAAGUCACUGAGAAGGAAAAGAAGUUUUUUUUGGGAUAAACGCAGAGCAUUAACACAAACAGCGAAUAAAAGCUACGUACAUCUCUUCAGUAAUUACACAUUGACCUCGUAUUCCACAUGAGGAGCACAGUGACCACUGACAAUGCAUGAACUAACUAAACGGCUUUAAUACAGGGUUUAAGCCUACCUGGUUAAAAAAAGGUGAAAUAAUAAAAUAAAAAAGCAAUGAGCAAUGUCUAAAUGUCUAAUGUCAAUGUUCUAAAAUACAUUUUGAAUAAAGAAAAUAUAAAAUCC